GUAACAAACGAAGUGUGCGCUGCGGCACCUCCCGCUCACCAGGCUCCGCCGCCAUUUCCUUUCUUGGCCUAACGGUUCGACCAAUCCCAGCGCACAUCGAGCGGGGCUAGGGUUCCGCCAAUCGGGGGCCGCCGAUCGCAAGCCCUGGCCUCGGCCCGGGCCAAUCAAGGCCCCAGCCCCAUCGCCACCGCGGCGCCCUCUCUCCUCCCUCUUUGUGCGUCUCGCGCCGCCGUCGUCGCCUGCCCGCCUGCUCGCCCGCCGCGUGAGAGGACGGGCUCCGCGGCAGCGCAGUCGGGUUCCCUCCCCUCGGGAGAUUCGCGAAGAAGCCGCCGCCGCCGAGGAACAGCAGCCGCCGGCGCCGGUCCCCGGGGGCGCCAUGGCGACCGGAGCGAACGCCACGCCGCUGGACUUCCCAAGUAAGAAGAGGAAGAGGAGCCGCUGGAACCAGGACACAAUGGAACAGAAGACAGUGAUCCCAGGAAUGCCUACAGUUAUCCCCCCUGGACUUACUCGGGAACAAGAAAGAGCUUAUAUAGUGCAACUGCAGAUAGAAGACCUGACUCGUAAACUGCGCACAGGAGACCUGGGCAUCCCCCCUAACCCUGAGGACAGGUCCCCUUCCCCUGAGCCCAUCUACAAUAGUGAGGGGAAGCGGCUUAACACCCGUGAGUUCCGUACCCGCAAAAAGCUGGAAGAGGAGCGACAUAACCUCAUCACGGAAAUGGUUGCACUCAACCCUGAUUUCAAGCCACCUGCAGAUUACAAACCUCCAGCAACACGUGUGAGCGAUAAAGUAAUGAUUCCACAAGAUGAGUAUCCAGAAAUCAAUUUCGUGGGGCUGCUAAUUGGGCCCAGAGGGAAUACUCUGAAGAACAUAGAGAAGGAAUGCAACGCCAAGAUUAUGAUUCGAGGGAAAGGGUCUGUGAAGGAAGGAAAGGUUGGACGCAAAGAUGGGCAGAUGUUACCAGGGGAGGAUGAGCCACUUCAUGCCCUGGUUACUGCCAAUACCAUGGAGAACGUCAAAAAGGCUGUAGAACAGAUAAGAAAUAUCCUGAAGCAGGGCAUCGAGACCCCUGAGGACCAGAAUGAUCUACGGAAGAUGCAGCUUCGGGAGUUGGCUCGCUUGAAUGGGACCCUUCGGGAAGACGAUAACAGAAUCUUAAGACCCUGGCAGAGCUCGGAGACCCGCAGCAUUACCAACACCACAGUUUGUACCAAGUGUGGAGGGGCUGGCCACAUCGCUUCUGAUUGCAAAUUCCAACGGCCUGGUGACCCCCAGUCAGCUCAAGAUAAAGCACGUAUGGAUAAAGAAUAUCUGUCCCUUAUGGCUGAAUUGGGUGAAGCGCCUGUCCCAGCGUCUGUGGGCUCCACUUCUGGGCCUGCCACCACACCCCUGGCCAGUGCACCUCGGCCUGCUGCUCCUGCAAACAACCCACCUCCACCGUCUCUCAUGUCCACUACCCAGAGCCGCCCACCCUGGAUGAAUUCUGGCCCUUCGGAGAGUCGGCCCUACCACGGCAUGCAUGGAGGUGGUCCUGGUGGACCAGGAGGUGGCCCCCACAGCUUCCCACACCCGCUACCCAGCCUGACGGGGGGCCAUGGUGGACAUCCCAUGCAGCACAAUCCCAAUGGACCCCCACCCCCUUGGAUGCAGCCACCGCCACCGCCGAUGAACCAGGGCCCCCAUCCGCCUGGGCACCAUGGCCCUCCUCCAAUGGGUAAAUCAGUACCUGGGAAGUACGCCUGUGGGCUCUGGGGUCUAUCGCCUGCAUCAAGGAAAAGGUAUGAUGCCGCCGCCGCCUAUGGGCAUGAUGCCGCCACCGCCGCCGCCUCCCAGUGGGCAGCCCCCGCCCCCUCCCUCUGGUCCUCUGCCCCCAUGGCAGCAGCAGCAGCAGCAGCCUCCGCCGCCCCCUCCGCCCAGCAGCAGUAUGGCUUCCAGUACCCCCUUGCCAUGGCAGCAAAAUACGACGACUACCACCACGAGCGCUGGCACAGGGUCCAUCCCGCCAUGGCAACAGCAGCAGGCGGCUGCCGCAGCUUCUCCAGGAGCCCCUCAGAUGCAAGGCAACCCCACUAUGGUGCCCCUGCCCCCCGGGGUCCAGCCGCCUCUGCCGCCCGGGGCCCCUCCCCCUCCGCCGCCUCCGCCGCCUGGUUCCGCCGGCAUGAUGUAUGCCCCGCCCCCCCCUCCUCCGCCUCCCAUGGACCCUUCUAACUUUGUCACCAUGAUGGGCAUGGGGGUGGCGGGCAUGCCGCCCUUCGGGAUGCCUCCAGCUCCCCCGCCGCCUCCACCACAGAACUAGACUCGGUGUUUUUUUUUGUUUUUUGUUUUUUUUGUGUUUUUUUUUUAAGAAAAUAUAUAUUAUAUAGAGAGAGAAUUGGUCUCGUUUAAAUACGCCGAACCUCACCAUGUGGAGCCAGACAUUGGGACGCACGCAUGUGAUUGUGUGUGCACGCAUGUGUGUGUGUGCACGCACCAGGCUGGGCCAAGCGACCGAGGACUUGCUUGGGAAUGGGCAGGUGGUAGUAGGGGCGCCAGCUUGGGCUCUUCUGGCGCCCCGUAGCAUCGAGUGUCUUUGUUUUUCUCUCCUCACCCAACUCCCUUUGCCUCUCCCCAAAUCGGGCCGCCAGGAUCCCUCCCCGCGGCGGCGAUGGCCCGAGCCAUGAGAGUGAGGACUUUCCGCGCCCAUUGGUGACCCUUCCAGGCAGACAGCCUCAGCAGCGCCCCUGGUGGACAGGAUGGUUCGGCAAAGCAGCCUGAGUUAUUUUUGUGGAUGGAAUCGGAACACGCUGGCUCCAUAUCGUGACAUUUUUAUUAAUUUUUUUUUUCUUUUUCCUUUGUAUUUCCUUGCUUUUUCUUUUCUUCAGACUCCGUCCAAGGAGAUGCUCUCCCCGGUCUUCUGCUACAAUUAGAGUCCUUUUCCUUCACUCCACUCCCCAUUCUGCUCUUUCCAAGGAGAGGGGAGCAAAUGGUUUUAGGCAGAGGCUUUGGGCAUUACAAUCGGGCCAGUGAGGAGGGGUGGGGGGCGUUCCUUUGGUUCUAAGUUUUUCAGGGUUCAUAGCCACCCUCAAAAGACAUUUAUUUUUUUAGGUUGGGGUUUUAUGUUUGUUGUCCUGGGCCUUGUGAAGCCACAGACGAUGGGCUAGUCUCCAGGGUUCUGGGGUCCCCAUCCAUCCUGGGGCCCCUGUCAGCAGAAGGUGGGCUUUGCCCACCAGCCUGGAGUCCUUCCCGUGCUCCCUGACUACCAAAGCGGCCUCAGAAGUCCAUUUGUUCCUCUCCUUCUGGAAGGCUUCCUUUUAAAUUUUAUUUUUGAUUCCAAACAUCUGAAUGUUUUGCAGUGUCGAGGGGUUUAAGCCCCUUGUUCUUCUUCCGCUUUCUUCCCCCCACCCCUCCUCCAUGGAGUGAUGAUGUUGACAAUGAUGUAUGAUGUGUGUUCUCUUCACUGGUUUAUCUGCAGAAAUUUCUCGGGGCUUUUUUCUGGCAUAUGAUUUUAAACUGCAUUAAAGGGGGGAUGUGCCAUUGAAUAAAAGAGCAGUGUGGUUUUCUG